AUGGCCCCCUGUCCCCAGCCUGGCUCCCGCCUGGUUGGCAGCCCCCUGGGUCUGAUAUGCUUGUCCCUGUGGAUCGUUCCUGCUGCAGCCAGCGGCCACUGCGACUGCAGCCUGGGCCUCAGCCGCGAGGCCCUUAUCGCCCUCCUCGUGGUGCUGGUGGGUAUCAGCGCCAGCUGCUUCUUCGCCCUCGUCAUCGUGGCAGUUGGCGUCCUUCGCAACAAGGGUGAAACAUGCCCUGAAACCACCGACAGAAGUCUGGUGGAGCGCUAUGGGGUCCAGGAAGACCACGUGGACCUCCAGUCCGUGCAGAUGGAGUCCCACCUUGUGGAGCCCGAGCUGGAGGUGGCCAUGAUGCAGCCCAUGGAGGAUCACAGCCUCCUGACCAUGCCCGUGGGUCCCCCGCUGACUCUAGAGGAGCCCCCCUGCUCACCCCCGCCUGAGUAG